GAUAUAUUUAUAAAUUUUAUUAUAUAUCUACCUAAGAGCCAAGGGCAUAAUAUUAUAUUAAUAAUUAUUAAUAGAUUUACUAAAAUAAAAUAUUUGAUACUCUGUAAUUCUAUUACUAACGUUACUAAAGUAGCUAUAAUAUAUAUAUAG